AUGAUUAAUGUUAACAAUAUUCUUUACAUGUUUAACAAUCUGGUGCGUCAAAAGUAUCCAGAACUCGCUCAAAGUGAACCAUCAUGUAAAGAUCAUGAGCUGGCGGACCAGCUGUUUCUGUUUUUUAAUCAUCAAUUAUUAAAUUCAACAGAACCCCUGGUCGACCAUACUGUAAAAUUGGAUUUUGAUGAAUAUGACGAUUGUAGUGCUGAUUAUCAUGAAGAAGAUAAGAAUGAUGCUGCUUCAAACGUCGAUGGUAUUAAAUAUCCUUAUGAUACAAUGUGUGCUAUCGUAGAAUAUUCAAAAAACCAUACUUUUAAUUCAAUAAAUAGACGAUAUAAACAAAUAAAAUAUAAAGAACAAUUACGCCGCAUCAAACAAUACGUUAAUGUUGAAGGUACGAAAAUACAAAAACUACAACGUGUUGAUGACUUUGUUUAUGCAGAAUUUAUUCGUUUGCGACGAUGUUGUCUACCAAUACACGAUUUAGAUUUACGGCGCUUAGCUAUUGAAAAAACGCAUGAUUUAAAUAUCGUUGGUUUUAAGGCGUUUCAUCAUUGGAUAUUCUACUUCAAACGUCGUCAUCAAAUUUCAUCAACAAAAGUGACAAAGUUGGUAACCAAAAAUCAUUCAGAAGAUCGCGAUAAAAUAUUGAAAUUCGCCGAGAAUUUCGUCCAAACAGUAAGAAAUACGAUUUCAGAUUAUGCUGCAGAUCAUAUAUUGAAUAGCGAUCAAAGCAGUUUCAAUUAUGAUAAUCCAUCAACACGAACUCUCGCAAUAAGCGGUGAAAAAAUAAUAAGAGGCCACGUCAAAUCAAUGAAUGCUGUUACUCAUUCAUACACGAUCAUGACGAUCAUUCGUAUGGCUGGAGAAUUGAUUGAGCCGAUUUUCAUAUGUUUACAAGAAUCUACAGGAAAACUAGGACCGCCUGUUAAACAAUCAAUUUAUCAAGCGAGUAACAUUCAUGUUAGCUGUAGUAAGAGUGGAAAACUGACUAAAACACAUAUUCAGUAUUGGGCUGAAAAUGUUUUAAGUCCAUCGAUUUCUGAAGAUUGUUUACUGUUGCUGGACUCCUGGUCAGGUCAGACUGAUCCUAAUAUUUAUGAUGAUAUUUUCAUUAAAAAAUCACUUCCAUUGGAUCGUUAUUUUUUUCGACAAUAG